GUUAGAAAUGAACUUAAAACCUAAGAGCCAAGGCUUGCAAGCCAUCUCCAUACACCUUUCGCUACAAUGGUCUCCUCUACUGUCUUCCAAUCGCCGCGUUUCUCUUUCUCCUCCGCCACCAAAUCCACCGCCAAACCCAUCACCACCACCACCGCCGCCGUCCAUUUUCCCAUCAGAGCCUGCUCAUCCACCGAGGCGGCUGGCUCUAUCAAAACCCACCACCGCCGCCCCGCGGAUGAGAACAUCCGCGACGAGGCCCGCCGCCAGUCCUCUGGAAACCACCAUGGCUUCUCUGCUGUUUACGUCCCCUUCAAUGCUGAUCCCUCCUCCACGGAGUCCUACUCCCUCGACGAGAUCGUCUACCGCUCGCGCUCCGGCGGCCUCCUCGACGUCAGCCAUGAUCUCGACGCUCUCAAGAAGUACGAUGGCCAGUACUGGCGCUCCCUGUUCGACUCCCGCGUAGGAAAAACCACCUGGCCCUAUGGCUCCGGCGUCUGGUCCAAGAAGGAGUGGGUACUUCCCGAGAUCGACAGCGACGACAUCGUCAGCGCCUUCGAAGGUAACUCCAACCUAUUCUGGGCCGAACGUUUCGGUAAACAGUUUCUGGGUAUGAACGACUUGUGGGUAAAACACUGUGGCAUUAGCCAUACCGGAAGUUUCAAGGAUCUGGGCAUGACCGUUUUGGUCAGCCAAGUUAACCGAUUGCGAAAAAUGAACCGCCCUGUUGUAGGCGUCGGUUGUGCCUCGACGGGGGACACCUCCGCUGCUCUCUCCGCCUACUGCGCGGCGGCGGGGAUUCCCUCGAUUGUGUUCCUACCCGCUAAUCGGAUUUCGAUUGCGCAGCUGGUGCAGCCGAUUGCGAAUGGGGCGUUUGUGUUAAGCCUUGACACUGAUUUUGAUGGGUGUAUGCAGUUGAUCAGGGAGGUCACUGCUGAAUUGCCGAUUUACUUAGCAAAUUCGUUGAAUAGUUUGAGGCUUGAGGGGCAGAAGACGGCUGCAAUCGAGAUUUUGCAGCAGUUUGAUUGGGAAGUGCCGGAUUGGGUGAUAGUUCCUGGUGGAAAUCUUGGUAACAUUUACGCCUUUUACAAAGGGUUUCACAUGUGCAAAGAAUUGGGACUUGUUGAUAGGAUUCCUAGGCUUGUUUGUGCUCAGGCUGCAAAUGCCAAUCCCCUUUAUCUCCAUUACAAGUCAGGUUGGGGAGAGUUUAAACCAGUGAAGGCCAACACUACUUUUGCCUCUGCCAUUCAGAUUGGAGAUCCUGUUUCUAUAGAUAGGGCUGUUUAUGCGCUUAAGAACUCAGAUGGGAUUGUGGAGGAAGCCACUGAGGAGGAGUUGAUGGAUGCCACGGCUAAAGCUGAUUCCACUGGCAUGUUCAUAUGUCCUCAUACUGGGGUUGCAUUGACUGCAUUGUUUAAGCUUAGGGAGAGUGGGGUAAUAAGGCCUACAGAUAGGACUGUGGUGGUUAGCACGGCUCAUGGUCUCAAGUUUACGCAGUCCAAGAUUGAUUAUCACUCGAAAGACAUUCCAGACAUUGCUUGCCGGUUCGCUAACCCACCAGUGCAAGUGAAGGCUGAUUUUGGGUCAGUUAUGGAUGUCUUGAAGAAGUACUUGUUAAGUAGGGACCCUAGGUGUUAGACCCCAAAUAAGCAUUAUAAGUUGGGCUUGUGUACUCUUCUAAUUAUUUGGACUAGUGCUUGGUAGCGUUGUUUCGUUGUAUUUGCUUUGUUAUGGGAUGCCUUCUUGUAGAACUAGGAGCCGUUUUGGUAUGUCGUAUUCGAGAAGAAGAAACCAUUUGUAAGGCUGCAUUGCCCCUCUUGGAUACAAUUAUGAUUAUCUGAAUUUAAUGAGAGUUCUCUCAAUGAGCUUUUGGCA